GUUUUGAAAUCGCUGCGGACCGUCCUCCUCCUCCUGCUCCUCCUCCUUCUCCUCCUCCCCCUCCUCCUCGUACUCGAGCUCCCCAGUAGCUCGCACACAUAAUUACCAUCGGGUGUCAGCACUGAAAGCCAGAGGCAGCCGCUCCAACCUCAUCGAGCGUAUGGUACAGACUACCUAUGCUUCAAAACAAGCGGAGUUCCAAUCCAGCGAGGCUGCUCUCACCUCCGCCGUACGGAAUUAUGGAAACGCCAAGCAGUGGGCUGUAGCGCUGAAUUUGUUCGCAUGUGUGUCGCGGACGCUGGUGCGAAAGAAUACUGUCCUUUACAAUGCGCUUAUCAGCGCACUGGGGAAAGGCGGGCAGCGGGAGCAGGCGCUAAUGUUGCUCAGGGAGCUGUCGGGAUCGGACCUGCAGCCAGAUACGAUCAGCUAUAACUCUGGAAUAAGUGCCUGCGAGAAGAGUGGGCAGUGGCAGCAGGCGCUGUCAUUGCUCGACGGGCUGGGCCAAAUGGCCCUCAGGCCGGAUAUGAUCAGCUGCAGCGCUGCCACAAGCGCGUGCGAGAAAGGUGGGCAGUGGCAGCGGGCGUUGACGAUACUCGGCGAGACACGGCAGUUGGACAUCAGCCCGAACGUCGUCGGCUACAGCGCUGCCAUCAGCGCGUGCGAGAAGGGCGGGGAGUGGGAGCACGCGCUGGCCCUGCUCGCCGAGAUGCGGCACGUGGGCGUGGAAGCGAACAUCGUCAGCUGCUGUGCGGCGAUCAGCGCCUGCGAGAAGGGCCGGCGGUGGCCGGAGGCGCUGUCGCUGCUCCGCGCGGUGCGGCGGGCGAGGCUGCAGCCGAGCCCGGUGGGCUGCAACGCCGCCAUCGGCGCCUGCGGCAAGGGCAGGGAGUGGCAGCUGGCGCUGUUGCUGCUAAGCAGUAUGGGGGAAGCGAAGGUGGUUCCAAACGUCAGAAGCUACAAUGCCGCGAUCAGCGCUUGCGAGAAUGGCGAGCAGUGGCAGCAGGCAAUGUCGCUUCUGAUCGAAGCGAAAAGGUUGACUUUACAGCCAGACGAAUUUAGUUACAACGCUGCCAUCAGCGCGUGUGGGAAGGGUGGUCAGUGGCAACACGCGUUAACGUUGUUCGGUGAACUGCGCUUAGUUGAGCUGUUCCCGGACCAAAUUAGCUACGGCGUUGCAGUUAGCGCUUGCGAAAAAGGUGGACAGUGGCAGCGAGCUUUAACUUUAUACAGGGAGCUGCGGCAAGCGAAGCUGAGUGCGAACGUCGUCGUUUUGAGUGCUGCGAUCAGCGCAUGCGAGAAAUGCGGGGAGUGGAAGCAAGCGCUGUCCUUGCUCAGCGAGGCGUGGGAAUUAAGAUUGGAUGCGAAUACCAUCAGCUACAAUGCUGCAAUCAGCGCGUGCGAGAAAGGCGGGCAAUGGCAACAGGCGUUGUUGGUAUUCAGAGGGUUUGGGACGAGGACGUUGAAGCCAGAUGUUAUCAGCUACAACGCUGCAAUUUGCGCAUGCGGAAAAAGUAGUCAGUGGCGUCAGGCGCUGAUGUUAUUCACUGAGAUGCAGCAUAGGAACAUCGAGACGGACACCACGAGCCACAACGUUGCAAUUAGCGCGUGCGGGCAAGGCCAGCAGUGGCGGUGGGCGCUGCCGAUGCUGCGCGAGAUGCGUGAUGCAAUCACGCAUCCGAAUGUUAUCUCAUAUAACUGUGUUUUACUAUCUUGCCAAGAUGGCGGGCAGGUUUUGCAGGUUGUUCCUCUUCUGGAAGAGCUGCGAGGAGUGAAGCUGGAACCGGACUCGUUGAGCUACAGCGCCGGAAUCGGCGCGUGCGAGAGAGCCGAGCAGUGGGACUAGGCGUUGAAGGUCAUUCGUGGAUCAAGCGGGGUGAGAAGUUGGACUCGGACACGCUGCCCGCGAAAGCGCAGACGGACACGCUGGCGGCGCAGAGGCACGAACCGAGGAGGCGGCAGCGGAGGAUCUGCACGUCUACGGCUACGUGGUCGGCUGGCGUCUGGACCUACAACCAGCAUGCUGCCCAACGGCUGCGCGCUGUCCAGAUAGGGGCUAUGCUCAAAUACCUCCGUGUUCCACGAUUUCGAGGGGAAGUUGAUGAGCAGUAUUCUCGUCGACAGAGGCGGAUUCUGAGGCAGAUCCGUUUGGAAAACGGUUUCGUUGAUUUGGAUGUGGCGGCGGCUCGGCGUACUUACCGGUACUUCGGGCACGUGGGACGACUUAUGGAAAGUUGCCCGGAAUUGUUGUUAUGCCAGGUCUUCACAUGGAAUUGCCAUUCUGAUGGGCGUUUGAAUCUUCACAGAGUCUCUGAUAGGCAGGGCCAUGCCCGAUUUUCGCCAUGGCAUUACGAAGCUCAAGUGACAUCGUUCUUCUUUCAAAAGUAUCACAAGGAUUGGACGACCGUCGCAUUAGAUCGAAAGUUGUGGAAGAGUUACGAGCCAGAGUGGCUACAACACACGUUAGGAGCUCUUGGACUGAAGGCAAUCGUUUACAGUGCCUCGACUGCUGGGGCCGCUGGAGGCUGAAGCUCUCUUUCAUAGCGGUAAGCAA